AUGGAUAUUGAUCAACUAGCAAAAAUUGAUCCUAGUGAUUGGAUAUAUUUUUCAGAAGGAAAUCGUAAUGUUAUAUUUAAAUACAAAGGAAGUGAUUCUUUUUUUAUAAAUAAAGUUUUAAGAAUAAAAAAAACACAACAUCCUAUUUCUACAUUAGAAAAUUUAAAAUUUAUACAGAGUAUCAUAAUACCCUUGUUUUACGAACCUUUUGAUCGUUAUAUUUUAUCUAUUGAGCUUAUUAUGGUGGAAAUUGCAGUUUUAAAAAAAUUUAAUAUUGAUCUUAUACAAAAAUAUGAAAGAAAAAAAAAGUUUAGCAAUACACUAUUAGACAUUAGCGAAAAUCAUGCAUUUUUAUUGAAAGAUUUAUCAUCAAGUUUUCCUAAACAUACCAUCGAAUUUAAACCAAAAUGGUUAAUUCAAUCAGUUUCAGCACCUAUUGGUUGGAAAUCUUGCAGAACAUGUGCUCUUAGAAGGCUUCGUGGAGAUAUUUCAGGAAAUGGAACAAGAUAUUGUCCUUUAGAUUUAGCAUCGGAAAAUCAAACAAGAAUUCAGAAAUCUAUAAAGGCUAUUUUAAUAAAAAAUCAAAUAUAUAAUCAGAAUAUAGAAAUAAAUUUAAGCACAUAUCUUCAGCGAUCUCAGCUAAUUAAUCAUCUAAAAUACUUGCAAAGUAGUUCUCCCAGAACAUUAAGUAUGGUUUUUUUUGAUUGUACUAUAUAUAUUACUUUUCUUCAUGAAGAAAUUUUUGAUAUUAAAAUACUAGAUUUAGAUUGCAAAUCGCAAACCAAAGUUGAAUAUUGGGAUAAAAUAGAACAACAACUAAUUGAUGAAGGUUGGUAUUUAGGCCGAGGUAUGGCCAAUGAUGAAGAACCAUGUUGUCUUUGA